UUUAUAGUUGUCAGAAAUUUUUCGUUUGUGUUUGCAUCAAAAUUGAACGUUUUAGAUUUUGUUGUGUUUUUUUAAAAACAUUCUAAUCAAAAUGUGUAGUCCAACCAUUCUAGCACAGAUGAAAAAUAUUAUCUGUGAAAUAGAUGACUGUUGUAAACCGUGCUGUCCUUGCCCCUGUCCUCCUCCCGCGUGUUGUCCUCCAGCUUGCGCCCCGUGUAAUCCUGCCGACUGUAAUCCUUUGUGCUUUCCUCCUUAUGCGCAAGUGUAUCUCGGUUGCUGUCCACUUCCAGGACCUCUUCCUUACAGGCCGGAACCUCUUAGACCGUUACAACUUCCCGGACCGCCGAAACCUCCGGGAAUGACACCUGACGAAAAAAUAGAUCUACGAUAUGAUAACUUUUAUAACGGAUACAAUUUGGAUUGGCGAAAUCCGACAUUUGAUUUUAUACCGAAACCAGAUCCUAAUAGGGCUUGUGGUCAAGUAGUAGACGGGAAGAGUCCGAUUUGCAAUGACCCCGUCGUGCUUGCACAGAGAAGGAAAUGUAAGCAACCGGAAGACAAACCUGGCUGUCCACGAGGCUAUCAGCCGUGUAUGAUGAAAUUGAAGCCUCCGAAAGGUUGUGAUCCUUGUGGCAUUUGGAUUGCUGAAUUACCUCCAUGUCCGAAAAAAGGGAGGUGUUGUAACUAAAAUUGUUAUUUCAAUAUAUUUUUUUUAAUGUUUCGUCAACAGAAAGGUUAAUGGUUUCUGAUAUUGUGGAAAAUUUGAAAAUGCUUUUUUUAUUAGAAUAGUGAUUGUAAUUUAUUUCUGCUUUACAAUAAAGCAGAUUGCUUAAUAAACUGUAUCUUAUCUUUUUAGAAGAUAAAAUAUUUUCUCUGA